UCCAAAUGGCCCCUUUCUCAAGCAUUUCUACGUAAAGCCAAAAAUAUGAACCUAAAUUCCUCCGCCGGCGCACCGCAUGUGGAAUGGAUAUCCCAACCGCCAUUUGAACCGUCUUCACUGUUCUGUUUUUUCUUGCAACACCGCCGGCUGAGCUCAAACAGGACACAGUUUUCCUUUCCCAAUUCUUCGUAUCACUUAUCAAUUUCCUCCAAACCCAAACCCUAGCCAUAAAACAAUGGAGGGAGAACGAAAGGCACUCCAGUUCUUUUGCAUUGGGACCGUUGACACCAAGUACCAAGAGUUACUCUUCCUCUCCGAUCGCAUCCAAUCGAAUUUCGCCGCCUUUACGAAAGGAUGUCCCUUUAAGGUAGAGGUUACUCUAAUAGAUGUUUCCAGUUCCACUCGCCAAUUCAAAAUAAGGCCUCCAGAGAAUAUAGAUUUUGUAACUCGAGAUAGUCUGCUUUACGACUUUUUGGAUGCUGAAGAGAGAUUAUCCUUCAGGGUACCAGAUGAUAGGGGUGAAGCAGUUCAAAUCAUAAGCAAGGCUCUUAAAAGUUACCUGAAAACAGCCCAUGAAAAUGGCAUACUUGUUGGAGCUAUAGGAAUUGGUGGCAGUGGUGGAACUUCUUUGAUCGCACCAGCACUAAAAUCUCUUCCUCUUGGAGUUCCUAAGCUCAUCGUUUCCACUGUUGCUAGUGGUCAAACGGAGCCAUAUGUUGGAACAUCGGAUUUAACUUUGUUUCCAUCUGUUGUUGACAUUUGUGGUGUCAACAAUGUCAGUAAAGUUAUAUUAUCAAAUGCUGCAGCAGCUGCUGCAGGAAUGGCCAUUGGAAGGUUACUGCAGUUUGAUAUUUCUAGUGAAAUUACUCGGAAACCAACCGUGGGCAUAACCAUGUUUGGUGUGACCACUCCUUGUGUUACUGCUGUUAAAAAAAGAUUAAUUGAGGAAGGAUACGAGACACUUAUAUUUCAUGCCACUGGCAUCGGUGGUAAAGCUAUGGAAGAGCUUGUCAGAGAUGGAUUUAUUCAGGGUGUCCUGGAUAUCACAACGACAGAAGUUGCUGAUUACAUAGUUGGUGGUGUUAUGGCUUGCGACAGUUCACGCUUUGACUCGAUAAUAGAGAAACAGGUUCCUCUGGUUCUGAGUGUUGGAGCCUUGGACAUGGUGAACUUUGGAGCUAGAUCCACAGUGCCUAAUUACUUUGAUCAAAGGAAGAUUCAUAUCCAUAAUGAACAGGUUUCACUCAUGCGAACUACGGUAGAUGAAAACAGGAAAUUUGCCAAGUUUAUAGCUGAGAAAUUGAAUAACUGCCACUCCAAAGUUUGUGUUUGCCUUCCAGAGAAAGGUGUCUCUGCUCUAGAUGCACCAGGGAAACCAUUUUAUGACCCUGAAGCAACAUAUGCUCUUUUAAAUGAUUUAGAUAGACUUAUAGACAAAAACAAAAGCCGACAGGUGAAAAUACUUCCAUACCAUAUCAAUGACCCCAAAUUUGCAGAUGCCUUGGUCGACUCAUUCUUGGAGAUGGAUGUCAAGUUUUCCCACAGUACAGUUCCUCAGCAACAAAAAAUUCCAGAACUGACACAUAUUAUUGUAAAUAAGGAUGCAUGCAGUCAAUCAGAGGUUGACAUAGAUAACAUAGCUCUUUUGCGAAGCCCAGUAGAGUUUCCUGAUGCAAGACCAGAAACUUUAAGGAGGACCCAAACUAUAUUAGAACAACUGAAGCAGCAGAUAAAUCAAGGUGUACCCAUCAUUGGUGCAGGAGCUGGAACUGGCAUAUCUGCAAAAUUUGAAGAAGCUGGAGGUGUGGAUCUGAUAGUUGUAUAUAAUUCUGGGCGAUUCCGCAUGGCCGGAAGAGGUUCUUUGGCAGGGCUAUUACCUUUUGCUGAUGCAAAUGCAGUUGUACUUGACAUGGCUAAUGAAGUGUUGCCUGUGGUCAAGAGAGUACCAGUUCUUGCUGGAGUGUGUGCCACUGAUCCAUUUCGUCGAAUGGACUAUUUUCUGAAGCAGCUAGAAGCAACUGGAUUUUCUGGGGUUCAGAAUUUUCCAACGGUUGGACUGUUUGAUGGUAACUUCCGCCAAAAUCUGGAAGAGACAGGAAUGGGCUAUGGAUUGGAGACCGAAAUGAUCAACAAAGCUCAUAGAAUUGGUCUCUUAACAACCCCUUAUGCAUUCAACGAAGAUGAAGCUACUUGGAUGGCUAAGGCUGGUGCUAAUAUUAUUGUUGCGCACAUGGGUCUUACUACUGCUGGAUCAAUUGGUGCAAAAACUGCUCUUACAUUGGAGGAAAGUGUCAACCGUGUUCAAGCCAUUGCAGAUGCUGCUGUUGCCAUAAAUCCUCAUGUUAUUAUUCUCUGCCAUGGAGGCCCUAUUUCAGGUCCUCGGGAAGCUGAAUAUAUACUGAAGAGCACAAAGGGAGUCCAUGGAUUUUAUGGUGCAUCUAGCAUGGAGAGGUUGCCCGUAGAACAUGCUAUUACAGACACAGUGAAGGAGUACAAAUCCAUAUCCAUAAAGAGAGACUAAUACAUAAUCCAGCAGUAUGCAUCUCUUCGUUGCCCGUUAAAUUUUACAAUUUAUCACUCGAGCGAGCUGAAUUUAUACAAAUAAUUAGCUCCAAUUCGUGCUCUGAUCGAAUUGUCUUUUGUUUUUUUUCGCGAAAGUAUAUUAUUGUGAGGAUCACUUAUUGUUCUUAUAAGUGGAUCUGGCUUUGCUCACAUUCCUGCUGAGUUAAUAAUGCAUGCAUUAAACUAUCGUUGAAGCA